GGCGCUGUGGCGGUGGAGGCUGCGGCUGCAAGGGCGCCCCUGGGCUGUAGGUCUGGUCCUGCUGCCCUGGUCGGGGGCGGCUCCACGCUGCCCUUCGCCAAGCUGCCGGCUUUUGCGGACUGCAGGCAGGCCGCACCGCCUUCCAGAAGCCAUGGAGGUCGCUAGACCCUACGUCCGGGGCUCGGCCUGAGAGAAGCGCAGUCUUCCAGCGCCGUUGCCCCUGCCUGUCAUGGCCACGCUGCUCUGCUGCCCGCUGGUCCAGGGAUACCGGGCACCCAGCCCCAACCCUGAGAGGAGAGGUCAGGCUUUCCAGCUCCGGUCCCCAGGGGCGCUCCCGCUCCCAGGUCCCGCUCAGAGCUGGAGCAGCUGAUUGCCAUGGCCGAAGCCCCUGCCCAGCUGCCCACUCGUCUGGCGCUGCCCGCUCUGAGCCUCGGGUUCUGGGUCCUCCCAGAAGCGCCCCUCUAAGCCCCUUCUCCAUCCACUGUCCGCCCUCACCAUGUGUGAGGUGAUGCCCACAAUCAACGAGGGGGACCCCCUGGGCCCCCCACACGGCGCCGAGGCUGACGCCAACUUCGAGCAGCUGAUGGUGAACAUGCUGGACGAGCGGGAGCGGCUGCUGGAGUCCCUGCGGGAGAGCCAGGAGACCCUGGCCGCCACGCAGGGCCGGCUGCAGGACGCACUGCACGAGCGGGACCAGCUGCAGCGCCACCUGAACUCCGCGCUGCCUCAGGAAUUUGCCACCCUGACCCGGGAGCUGAGCAUGUGUAGGGAGCAGCUUCUGGAGCGGGAGGAAGAGAUCUCAGAGCUGAAAGCAGAGCGGAAUAACACCCGGCUGCUUCUGGAGCACCUGGAGUGCCUGGUGUCCCGCCACGAGCGGUCCCUGCGGAUGACGGUGGUGAAGCGCCAGGCACAGUCACCCUCGGGCGUGUCCAGCGAGGUGGAGGUGCUCAAGGCCCUCAAGUCCCUGUUUGAGCACCAUAAGGCCCUGGAUGAGAAGGUGCGAGAGCGGCUCCGGGCAGCGCUGGAGCGGGUUACUACCCUGGAAGAGCAGCUGGCAGGAGCCCACCAGCAGGUGUCCGCCUUGCAGCAGGGGGCAGGGGUCCGGGAUGGAGCAGCAGAAGAGGAGGGGAUAGCGGACAUGGGGCCAAAACGCCUGUGGAAGGAUGGCGCGGGCCGGGCAGAAGAGCUGCAGGAGCUCCUGGAGAAGCAGAACUUUGAGUUGAGCCAGGCCAGGGAGCGACUGGUCACCCUGACAGCGGCUGUGGCUGAACUGGAGGAGGACCUGGGCACAGCUCGCCGGGACCUCAUAAAGUCGGAAGAGCUUAGUAGCAAGCACCAGCGGGACCUGCGGGAGGCUCUGGCCCAGAAAGAGGACAUGGAGGAGCGAAUCACCACAUUGGAGAAGCGCUACUUGGCUGCUCAGCGGGAGGCCACAUCCAUCCACGACCUCAACGACAAAUUGGAGAACGAGCUGGCUAACAAGGAGUCCUUGCACCGCCAGUGUGAGGAGAAGGCCCGGCACCUGCAAGAGCUGCUGGAGGUGGCCGAGCAGAAGCUUCAGCAGACGAUGCGCAAGGCAGAGACGCUGCCCGAGGUGGAGGCUGAGCUGGCACAAAGGAUCGCAGCCCUCACCAAGGCUGAAGAACGGCAUGGCAACAUUGAGGAGCACCUGCGGCAACUCGAAGGACAGCUGGAGGAGAAGAACCAGGAGUUGGCCCGGGUGCGCCAGCGGGAGAAGAUGAAUGAGGACCACAAUAAGCGACUGUCAGACACCGUGGACCGGCUGCUGAGUGAGUCCAACGAGCGCCUGCAGCUGCACCUCAAGGAGCGCAUGGCGGCCUUGGAAGAGAAGAACACGCUGAUCCAGGAGUUGGAGAGCUCCCAGCGGCAGAUCGAGGAGCAGCACCACCACAAGGGCCGCCUGUCUGAAGAGAUUGAGAAGCUGCGCCAAGAGGUGGACCAGCUGAAGGGUCGAGCGGGGCCGUUUGUGGAUGGCAUCCAUUCCAGGUCGCACAUGGGCAGUGCAGCGGACGUGCGGUUCUCCCUGACCACAGCCCCCCAUGCACCCCCGGGGCUGCAUCGCCGCUACAAAUCAUCAAUGAGGGAGGAGUCGGCCAAGGACUGGGAGCCGUCUUCACUGCCUGGGGUGCUGGCCCCCACGGCCACUCCUGCCUUUGACAGUGACCCUGAGAUCUCCGAUGUGGAUGAGGAGCCAGGGGGUCUGGUGGGCUCCAUGGACGUUGUCUCUCCCAGCGGCCACUCAGACGCCCAGACUUUGGCCAUGAUGCUGCAAGAGCAGCUGGACGCCAUCAACGCGGAAAUCAGGAUGAUCCAGGAGGAGAAGGAGUCCACAGAACUCCGAGCCGAGGAGAUUGAGACACGUGUGACCAGCGGCAGCAUGGAGGCCCUGAACCUGACGCAGCUGCGCAAGCGUGGUUCCAUCCCCACCUCUCUGACUGCCCUGUCCCUGGCCAGCGCAUCCCCGCCACUCAGUGGCCGCUCCACACCCAAGCUCACUUCCCGCAGCACCGCCCAGGACCUGGACCGCAUGGGGGUCAUGACCCUGCCAAGUGACUUAAGAAAGCAUAGGAGGAAGCUGCUGUCGCCAGUGUCUCGGGAAGAGAACCGAGAGGAUAAAGCCACCAUAAAAUGUGAGACUUCUCCUCCUUCCUCACCCAGGACGCUGCGGCUGGAGAAGCUGGGCCACCCCGCCCUGAGCCAAGAAGAAGGCAAGAGCGCCUUGGAGGACCAGGGCAGCAACCCCAGCAGCAGCAACAGCAGCCAGGACUCCUUGCACAAGGGUGCCAAGCGCAAGGGCAUCAAGUCGUCCAUUGGCCGCCUGUUUGGGAAGAAGGAGAAGGGCAGGCUGAUUCAGCUGAGCCGGGAUGGAGCCACAGGCCAUGUGCUGCUCACAGACUCCGAGCUCAGCAUGCAGGAGCCCCUGGUGCCUGCCAAGCUGGGCACCCAGGCAGAGAAGGACCGACGGCUGAAGAAAAAGCACCAGCUGCUUGAAGAUGCCCGCAGGAAAGGAAUGCCCUUUGCCCAGUGGGACGGCCCCACCGUGGUCUCCUGGCUGGAGCUCUGGGUGGGAAUGCCUGCCUGGUAUGUGGCAGCCUGCCGGGCCAACGUCAAGAGUGGUGCCAUCAUGUCGGCCUUGUCGGACACGGAGAUCCAGCGGGAGAUUGGGAUCAGCAAUGCCCUGCACCGGCUCAAGCUCCGGCUGGCCAUCCAGGAGAUGGUAUCCCUGACCAGCCCCUCUGCGCCGCCCACCUCCAGGACGUCUUCUGGGAAUGUCUGGGUCACCCAUGAGGAGAUGGAAACUCUGGCAACAUCCCCUAAAACAACCCUGGCUUACGGAGACAUGAACCAUGAGUGGAUUGGGAAUGAGUGGUUGCCAAGUCUGGGGCUCCCCCAGUACCGCAGCUACUUCAUGGAGUGCCUGGUGGAUGCCCGCAUGCUGGACCACCUCACCAAGAAGGACCUGCGGGUCCACCUGAAGAUGGUGGACAGCUUCCACCGAACCAGUCUUCAGUACGGCAUCAUGUGUCUCAAGAGGCUCAACUAUGACCGCAAGGAGUUGGAGAGGAGGCGGGAGGAAAGCCAGCACGAGAUCAAGGACGUGCUGGUCUGGACCAAUGACCAGGUGCUUCACUGGGUCCAGUCCAUUGGCCUGCGGGACUACGCUGGGAACCUGCACGAGAGUGGCGUACACGGCGCGCUGCUGGCCCUGGAUGAGAACUUUGACCACAAUACGCUGGCCCUGGUCCUCCAGAUCCCCACACAGAACACUCAGGCUCGCCAGGUGAUGGAGAGGGAAUUCAACAACCUGCUGGCCUUGGGAACAGACCGGAAGCUGGAUGAAGGGGACGACAAAGUGUUCCGCCGCGCACCCUCCUGGAGGAAACGCUUCCGGCCGCGGGACCACCACGGCGGCAUACUCAGCGCCGAGACCCUCCCAGCGGGUUUCCGCGUGUCCACGCUGGGGCCCUUGCAGCCCCCACCGACGCCACCAAAGAAGAUCAUGCCGGAAGCCGGGACCGCGGGGGCGCAGAGACUGGAGACCUCCACCGUACGGACCUACUCCUGCUGACCCCCCAGCCUCCUGCCCCGGGUCUGACGGGGGUGUUCCCGUGGCUCGGGCUCACUCCCACUAUCUUUAUGGACACAUGCUCUCCGCCUUCCGGGACUAGCGGCCUGCUUCUUCUGCGUGUCAUGGACCGGGUGGGCCGUCCUCAUCCUUCCUGCUCGUGCCCUGACCUCCACGGCUCCCAGUUUGGUCCAUGGUGUUCUGGGAUCUCAGAAUAUACUUUCCACACCCUUGGCAUCCGUCACCCUUUUUUUUCCCCUCAUGACCUUUGUGAGUGUCUGGGGGAUGAGGU